AUGAUUAUAAAGUCAAGGGACAGGUUUCAGAGUUGGUCAGUGCUGAAGAUAAAAGUAAAAUUGGUGUCAUAUGGAAACACUUAUCUGAAGGUCUCUGAGAGACUGGUUUCUGCACUGGUGACUCCAACAGAAACUCACAACUGGCUGAAUAUUAGUCUCAGCAAUACAGAGGGUAAAGUCUUCAUGGUUGGACCUCAGGUCACCUUAGAGAACAUCCCUCGACUCGACACGACAAAUUCUUCUGUGGACAUUGAUCUCAUUGGGAUCGCCAAGAACAACAAUGAAAGAUCAGCUGCUGUGGCUUUCAUGAGCUACAACACGAUGGAGAAUCUACUGAAGCCAGACUUCUUCAACGCAUCCAAUGACAUGAUUAAAACCAUGAUGUCCACUGUGAUCUCAGCUACUCUUCCCAAAACCACCAACACUAAACUAACUAAACCAGUCAACUUCACCCUCAAACACAUCAGAGAGUUUGAUCCCAGCGGUUCUCUGUCCUGUGUGUACUGGAAUAUCAGCGAGUGGAUUGUAGAUGGUUGUUCUGUUUUAAAGACCAACAGCAGCUACACUGUGUGUUCCUGUGAUCAUCUGUCCACAUUCGCUAUCAUCAUGCAAACCAGCCGCCGUGAGUCAGAGAGCGACUCACUGAUGGAGCUGUUGAAUUUGGUGUGUGUGAUCGUGGGGCUGGUGUUCUUCAGUUUGGCCCUGUUGACCUUUGCCCUUUGUCAGUGGAGUCCUGGAGUGAAUAAUGUGGCUCGAAUCAACAUCUGCAUCAGUCUUCUGUUGGCUCACCUUCUGUUUCUGCUCACACAGCGGUUCCUGAGCCUCAUAAGGCCUCUGCAGGUGUUGUGUGCCGUGAUCUCAGGACUUCUACACUUCCUCUUUCUCUCCGGCUUUGUGUGGAUGUUCAUUGAAGCUGUGCUGCUCUUCAUCUGUGUGAAGAACCUAUCACAGAUAAGCUCCAAAAAGAGGGAGGUGCUUAGCAGUGGAUUCCUGUGUGUGAUUGGAUAUCUGGUUGCUCUGGUUGUGGUGUGUGUGUCUGUCGGUCUGGUUCCUGAAGGCUACGGCAGCGAAGAUUGCUGGCUUAAACAGGAUAAAGGUUUUAUCUGGAGUUUUCUGGGUCCUGUUUGUGUCAUACUAGCAUUAAACACAAUUCUCUUCAUCAAGAUUGUCAUCACUCUGAACUCAACUCUCAAAAAACUGAAUGCUGAAGUUUUCACAGAUGAAACAACCAAGAUCAUGGUGUUUAAAACACUGGCUCACUGUGUAGUCCUUGGUUGCUCCUGGAUUCUGGGUUUCUUCACUAAUGGUAGUAAGGUGCUGGAGAUCCUCUUCCUGAUCUUGAACUCCCAGCAGGGAACCUUCAUCUUCCUGAUCUACUGUAUCUUCAAAAAUAAUUUCAGACAAUCCAACCAUCUCUACUCUAUGAAUAAACCAAUAAACCUCCAGUGA